GAUGGAACCUGGUGGGUUGGAAAAGACGUGAUUUGCAGACCCAGCUGAUCCACCAAUGGUCGCAGCAGCAGCGCAGGAAUCUUCAACCCUAGUCGUACUACUUACUACUAGUGAUCAGCCUUCUGCACGGCUCGCAGACCGGCGCCAUCUCCCCCCUGCACGAUAAGCUGCGUGUCAACUCGACCUCUCCAAAAUGUAACCCACCUUCUUCCUUCCGACAUGUCACUACCCUCGAGGUCAUCGGUGUCUUAGUCCAUCAUCACCACCCUGCUGUUCAUCAUGAACCAGAAGCAUUCCGAAGCUGUCGUGGUUGAGAGAGACAAUGGCAAACUCGAGGGCGGCCAGGAACCCCCCCCGGGUCUUACAGACCUCGAUUUAGCCGAAUUGAAGGCGCUGGAGACGAAGGUGCGCUGGAAAACAGACCUACGCCUCUGUACCAUUGCCGGCAUCUUAUGCAGCCUCAACCUGCUCGACUCGGGCAUCUUGUCAUCGGCAUCGGUCACCAGCAUGCCCGAUGACCUGGGUCUUCAGGGCACGCGAUACUCCGUCUCAAUCUUCAUCUUCACCAUCGCCAGCGUCGUCUUUCAGCUGCCGUGUACCAUUGCAGUCCGCUGGGUCGGACCCCGGAUCUGGUUCGCGUGCAUCACCUUUGCCUUUGGAUUGAUCACCAUGUGCACGGCCUUCAUCCACACGUGGAAGCAGAUGAUUGCCCUCCGCGUGCUCCUGGGCAUGUCCAUGUCGGGGAUCUACCCCGGUCUGACCUAUCUCAUCAGCACCUGGUACCCGCGGCGCGAGCAACAGCUCCGAUUCGCCUUCCUGCAGUCGGGUGAAGUCAUCGGCCUGGCGACAGGCUACAUCGUGAACUACGGUCUUGACUUUCUAGACGGAAGAGCGGGCAUGCAAGGCUGGCGCUGGAUGUACCUGGUGCAGGGCCUCCUCAGCUGCGUCCUCGGCAUUGUCACUUACUGGUGGAUCGUCGACUUUCCGGAGAAUGCCCAUCACAGCUUCCAUUUCAUGUCCGAGAUGGAGGCCCGCGUCGCCGCCCAACGCAUCAAGGCAGACCGCGACGAUAUCGUCCCGGAUCCGUUCUCGUGGCCCAAAGUGCUCGCUCCGUUCGCCGAUCCGAAGCUGUACGGCUUCGCAUGCAUGUUCUUCCUUUUGAACCUUGUCUCGACUGCGUUGAACUACUUUCUCCCCAUGAUCCUCGAGUCCGGCAUGGGAUUCUCAAGCAAUGACUCGAUCCUUCUGUCCACUCCGCCAUACUACUGGGCUGUUAUUCCCGUCCUCUUCACAUCGUUCGUCGGAGACAGAUACCGCAUCCGCGGUCCACUCAUCAGCUUCAACGCGCUGUGUCUCAUCGCCGGGUUCCUCAUGUUCGGCCUCCCCUCCUCCACCCAGGUCACCGUGCGGUACAUCGGGACAUUCCUCGCAACUGGCGCCUACGUCUCCAACUGGGCGGCCCUGAACGCCUUCAUGGCCAACAACGUGGUCGGCCAAUGGAACCGAGCCACCACAGCGGCGGCGGUAUCAGCCUGCAAUGGCCUGGGAGGUGUCGCAGGCAGCUAUAUCGUGCGACAGCAGGAGGCGCCGCGGUACGAGACCGCAGUGUGGGUGUCCAUCGGGUAACUCCCUCCCCUCCCCGGAUACUUCAACUCCGCAGACUGACAACUGACACAGAUCCCACAUCUUGAUGAUCGGUAUGGUGUGCAUCUUCACCGUGUUUUUCUGGCACCUCAACCAGCAGCAGAAGAAAGGAAAGGUGCUGCAAAACAUGGU